AUGGUUGUGCUGGUGAUGAUUAUGACGCUGCUGCUACAGAUCUCUCGGUUCGGCGUGCCGUCCCAGGUCACUACGGACCGCGGCCCACAGUUCGGGAGCGGUUUAUUCAAGGGCCUCACCGACAUCCUCGGGACAACUCGCGUCCGAACGACAUCCUAUCACCCUGCAUCCAACGGCCUCGUAGAGCGCCUUCAUCGCCACUUGAAGGCCGCCCUCGUCGCCCACGAAGAUAGGGCACACUGGGUACACCACCUGCCUUUGGUGCUCCUCGGCAUCCGCGCAGCCGUCAAGACCGACAUCGGGUGCAGUGCGGCUGACCUUGUGUAUGGCUGUGCUCUGCGUCUUCCAGCCGAUUUCUUCGUGCCGCCCUCUCCCGACCCGUCCCCAUCCCUCUACCUGGACCGCCUCCAUCGGUUUUUCGCCACACUCCGACCCGUUGCCACCCGCGCUUCAUCCACCCGCCGUGCUCACGUCCCCCAAGACCUGUCAUCCGCAACGCACGUGUUCCUGCGCACGGACGCCGUGCGGAAGUCGCUCACGCCGCCCUAUUCCGGUCCACAUCCCGUUCUCGGUCGCCACGGCAAGAACUUACGCAUCUCUAUCAACGGCCGAGAGGACGUCGUUGCCGUCGACAGAUUGAAGCCAGCCUACAUAGACCAUGCCACCGUCGACUCCUACACCACUGAUUCCUCAGCCUGGAACGGUUUCCCUCCAACGCUUGGUGUCCCGGCAUCAGCCAACUCUUCCCCAAACUGCCCGAAGCGCAUCGAGAAACACGUCACGUGGGCCGACAGCUGCAAGCUGCCACUAGUGGGGGGCCAUGUAGCAGCCGACGGAAAUGGACGACGAGCGCCGCCAUGGACGUUUCGUCACGACGCGUAUCUCGCGCAUGAUUUCCAUUGA